AACCCACGAGGAAGACAAGAAGAUCUACCAGCACUUGGAUGGCAUACUUCUACUGCAUCAAGACUCACAGGUCCGAAAAUGCCGUGUCCUGUUAGUGCAGGAAGAUGGGAAUUUCCCUUGCAUUACCGGGGAAAACACGGUUCCAUGAUAUUCUUCCGACGACCGAGGAGUAAAAAAUCUAAGCUAUUCAUAAGAGAUAUCUCCACUUGGAAAACCUCGGAUAGAAGAACUCAGCAGUCAAGUGCUUGCCAGUUCUCUAAUGAUUCUCGCUUUAGUAAUUUGCCGGGAGUCCAGAACAAUAACGAGCAUUCAGUUGAAGGCAGUUACCUUGCUGUUCUUACUCCGGCUUGGGCGUAUAUCAUCUCAGCAAAUUGGGCAGAGACGUAGACUUUGGGGGCUACGAAAGGCAUUCAAAAUGUCGAGGGCAUAUACGAUGAACAAAUUCAACCUCAGACCGCAUAGGAUUAUGGCAAGCUGUCAGACUAUGACAUGGAUGUCGAUAUUUUGAGAGAAGGGAAGCAAAUCACAUGAUUAGUCACUGGCCAGUACAAGUCGGACAUUUGGAAAGACUAAUAAAACAAAACACGAAUACGACAUUACCUUCUACCUUCAUUCUCCUUCCCAGUUGACAAAAUUGACUGCAUAACCCCCUUUUCCGGAUCUAUAACACUAUCAUGAUCCGUCCCCUCAGUCUGCACACACUCAGCGUCAAUCCCCCGCCCACAUUUCUCCUGCGUCCAACACUCCUUGAAAUAUUCCAUCCCCUUCUUUCCAAUCAACGCAUCCUCCUCCGCAAACACAAUCUUUACCUUUAACUUUUCUUUUUCACCUUCUCCAUUAGUCUUC